GCUAAAUUUCACAUCAACCACUACCUCCACCAUGAAGUUUCAUGCCAGUGAGCUUUCAAGUGGAAAAAACACCCCAAAAAGGCUGUUCUUGCUAGCUCUUAGUCUAACCCUAAUUUUCUUCAUCAUAUUCCCUCUAUGUCAAUUAAAGAAUUCGCGAUCGCCUCUACCGUCUCCUAAUCUUCAUGUAAGUGAUCUUGGAAGCAGAGAAAGAGUUAAGGAAUGUGAUAUUUUUACAGGAAAAUGGGUGCCUUAUUCCAAAGGGCCUUAUUACACUAAUGCAACUUGCAAUUUGAUGAUUGACCAACAAAAUUGCAUGAAAUUUGGAAGACCUGAUACAGAGUUCAUGAAAUGGAGAUGGAGACCAGAUGGAUGUGAGCUCCCUUUGUUUAAUGCAAAGCAGUUCUUGGAGCUUGUUAGAGGGAAAUCAAUGGCCUUUCUUGGAGACUCUGUGGGAAGAAAUCAAAUGCAAUCACUAUUGUGUCUCCUAGCCAGUGUGACCCAUCCUGAGGAUGUUUCUCAUGUUUAUACAUCAGACACGACAUAUUUCAAGUACUGGUUCUAUGCUGAUUACGGAUUUACCUUAGCAACAUUAUGGUCUCCAUUCUUGGUAAAAUCUUAUGAUGCAGACCCAGAUGGGCAUUCCUUAAACAGCAUCAUGAGCCUUUAUUUAGACCAAGCUGAUGAUGCAUGGGCGACUCAGGUCGAAAGUUUCGAUUAUGUAAUCAUCUCUGCCGGACAAUGGUUCUUUCGUCCGCUAAUAUACAACAUAAAGAAUCAAAUUGUUGGCUGUCACAACUGCAAUAACCAAAACAUCACUGCUCUUUCAAAGUACUAUGGAUACCGAAUGGCUUUUCGAACUGUGUUUAAGACGCUUCUAAAGCUAAAAGGAUACAAGGGGAUGACAAUUUUGAGAACAUUUUCGCCUUCACACUUCGAGAAUGGGGAGUGGAAUGCAGGAGGCAAUUGUGGGAGGAUAAAACCCUUUACGAGUGAAGAAAUGAGGCUAGAUGGAUAUAACUUAGAGUUCUAUUUGACACAGGUUGAAGAACUAAGGAAAGCAGAGAAACAGGGGAGAAAAAAGGGUUUAAGUUUCAGGUUGCUUGCAACUACUGAAGCAAUGUUGCUAAGGCCGGAUGGGCAUCCGAACCAUUACGGGCAAUCAUUGCGCACUCGUCGGAAUGUGACCAUAGCUGACUGCGUUCAUUGGUGCUUGCCGGGCCCUAUCGACACUUGGAAUGAGUUUCUGCUCUACAUGAUGAAAAGGGAAGGUCAUACAUCUUUUCUUGAGAAGCUGCAGAAAACUACUGCUUAAUGUUUAUAAGGAUAUAUAGCAGUAAAUACAUUGUUACAAAUAUGUUAUUGCCAAUACUAUUUGAGAGUAUUCUUUAUACUGUAACGAUUUGCUAUUUUUAUAUGUAAAUUAAAAGGUGAGAGAUUUUCAGAUAUCUCUCAAAUUUUCCUCA